UAUAAUAUGUGAAAUUUACAGAUUUAUUUCACCAGAUCAAAGUUAUAUAACCUAAUACUGUAAUAGUUGAUCAACUGGCAUGGAUUAUGUUCCACCAACUAUUGGAGACACAAUUGAAUUAUUAUGGUUUAUUAUGAUAUUCCUCCUUGUUCUACUUCUCGUCGCUCUUUGCACCUUUAAUAAAGAAAAUGGCGGAGUUCUGUGGCAGCUGAUGACAAUAGCUUCUCAAUAUGGCAAACUUAAUUCUGGAAAAGCCAUUAAGUUUUUCAAUUUACCAAAGAAGAUAUUCACACAUUUUUAUGCUAUUUCUGUACUAUGGAAUUUGAUAUUCAUUGCAGAUUUGAGCAUAAUAUUUUGGUUUUCUGAUACGCAAAAAGGUUUGAUCAUUAAGUACAUUGUUCCUGAAUCGAGUACAACUCGAAAUUUGAUAACAAAGAAGUCGUUAUUGCUUGCUUUUACACUUAUACUUAUUCAAGGUUGUCGAAGAUUAUAUGAAUGUAUAUAUGUUAGCAAAUUUUCCAAGCAAGCUACUAUAAAUUCAUUCCAUUACUUUCUUGGUGUUUUUUUCUAUAUUUUUGAGCCUUUAACUAUUGUUUCAAAAAUUGGUGCAAUUGAAAAAUUACCUUCUGGUGAUAUCGAACUGAGACAUUUUGUUGGAAUAAUUCUCUUUGUUGUGGCCUCACAUUAUCAAAAUCAAAGUUUUCAUAUAUUUGCUAAGUUGAGAAAAACUUCUGAUAAAUCUGAAUAUAAAAUCCCCACUGGUGAUCUCUUUGAAAUUGUGUCCUGUCCUCAUUAUUUUACUGAAAUAUUGAUCUACACUGCUCUGACAUUCAUAGUAGGAUUUUCGCACUAUUCUUGGAGAUAUGCUAUUGUUUUUGUCAUUGUGAUACAUAUUGGGAUGGCUAAAAUGUCCCAUGAAUGGUAUUUAUCAACAUUCAAACAAUAUCCAAAGCAUAGAAGAGCACUGAUUCCUUUUGUAUACUGAGAGAGAACACAAUCUUCUCCUACCCCAGUCAAAGUAUCAUGUGCAAUAAGUCCCAACCUGGAUUUGAAAUUUGUCCCCGAAUCGGCCUAAUGCAACUCAGCAGGUAUUUAGUUGAUAUGCUCAGUUUAUGUAACAUACAGGCAGGGUGUCCAAAAAGUUACUUCUUCCCUUAAUUUUUACCCAUGGCUUUUGCUUGGUCAAAAUUUUGUUAGCAAAAGCAUGUUCAAUCUAUUUUGUCAAAUUUAAGUUGUAUUAAACACUUAUCUAUGCAUAUAUACAAUACUUAUCUUGAUUUUUUAGCAAAUUUUCGGUCAAUAUUUUAUUAAAAUAGAAAAUUGUGGCAUUAUUCAUCCCUGUUGUAUGUUUUCAAAGAGCAAUUUUCAUUUUUCCUAUUUUCUCAAACACUAAAUUGUUAUUGUACAUGCUACUGUAGGCAAGUUGAGAACAAGGAUUUGUCGGACGUAGGCCCAAACCUGCUCGUUUGUUGGUACUCAUCUUGUCCUGAGAUAUUUAUUUUCCCUGUUACUGAUAACAGAAGUCAUUUUUAAUCCAAUUCAUAGGAGAUUAAUUGAAUCAUGGUAUUAACAUAUUUGGCUCUGUAUUGUAGAGAAAUGCAUUUAGUGUUCUCAUUGCUUGAAAUUUAAUAUAGGCCUACAAUUUGAAAUUAGAAAUUGGUUCUUCAAGUUAUAUUUUAUCAGCAAAUUGAGCUAAUUGAAACUGUCUAA